AUGGAGGAGCUGGUGGAUGAGGGGCUGGUGAAAGCCCUUGGCAUCUCCAAUUUCAACCACUUCCAGAUCGAGAAGCUCUUGAACAAACCUGGACUGAAAUAUAAACCAGUGACUAACCAGGUUGAGUGUCACCCGUACCUCACGCAGGAGAAACUGAUCCAGUAUUGCCACUCCAAGGGCAUCACCGUUACAGCCUACAGCCCCCUGGGCUCUCCGGAUAGACCUUGGGCCAAGCCAGAGGACCCUUCCCUGCUGGAGGAUCCCAAAAUUAAGGAGAUUGCUGCAAAGCACAAGAAAACCGCAGCCCAGGUUCUGAUCCGUUUCCAUAUCCAGAGGAAUGUGAUUGUGAUCCCCAAGUCUGUGACACCGACACGCAUUGUUGAGAACAUUCAGGUCUUUGACUUCAAAUUGAGUGAUGAGGAGAUGGCAACCAUCCUCAGCUUCAACAGAAACUGGAGGGCCUGCAACAUGUUGCAGUAA